AAUAUCCUCCCCAAGUGAGUAAAAAGUUACGCUCAGACUCAGAGAACUGCCCUUCCGAACGAGCCUCUAAAAUAGCCAUUGUGUCAGAGGGAUCACCCCUGCCCCAUAUUACUGCACUCAAGGCACAGCGAACUGAAAUACGACACAUCACAUCUGUGCCUCUUUCACACGCCUGAAUGCGUUUAAAUUCCAGCUGCCCGGUCCAGAAGUGUCCAGAAAGUGCAGAAGGCAUCUGACUCUCUUCAGGGUGGAUCUCAAACAUGCCAGCCAACUACAGCGGAACGUGGGACAUUGUGAACAAUGAAAACUUUGAAGGUUACAUGGUUGCCCUCGGAAUUGAUUUCGCUACACGGAAGAUGGCAGGGUUGCUGAAACCUCAGAAAGUGAUUGAGCAAGAUGGAGAUUCUUUCAUCAUCAAAACUCUGACCUCCUUCAAAAUCUACUCCUGCUCAUUCAAAAUCGGCGAGGAGUUUGAGGAGGUGACCAAAGGCCUGGACAACAGAAAAUGCCAGACUCUAGUCAACUGGGAGGGGGACAAGCUUGUGUGUGUGCAGAAAGGAGAGAAGAAAGACAGAGGAUGGACUCACUGGAUAGAUGGAGAUAAUCUCUAUCUAGAACUCAAAUGUGGAGACCAAAUCUGCAAGCAAACAUAUAAAAAAACAGCUUGAUUUCAAGUUAACUGGUCUAAAGAUCUUUGUUGAAUACAUUAGUGAACUUUUUUGGUAUUAUCCUUCUGUUCUACCAAUGAAUUGUCUAUGCACAUGCUUACAUGAUGUCUGUUUCAUGGUGAAAUAAAUAGUUUUAAACAAUA